CAGUCCGUACGCGCGAUCAAAGACCCAUAAGGACAUCGACAGCCCGCCUCACGCCUCACGCCGCCUCUUUUUCCCUGCGUCCAGUGUUCUUCCCGCAAUUGUCAACGUGCUUCUACUAAACCCUCCGAAUGCCCCUCCUCAGCCUUUUUUCAAUUCUUUUUUCCUGAACAGUGCUUCUGGACUCGAUAGAUUUGGGCCAUUUCAUUUCUCACAUUGUUACCCUGCCAUUUCCUCCUUUCUCUUCUGGGCUAACGUCAUCCAUGCCCAUCUAAUUUUUUCCCCUCUCGCUGGUCGAACCAUGCCCGUUGUGGAUGGACGACCAGUUUCCAGAUCAUGGGCCGGCACCAUCAUCUGAGACUUCCUGAGCACCUAUACCUUUCUCCUCCCACUCCUCCACAGUCUUCUGCUUCUGCCAACUACUUGACCUCUGCGUCUUCCUUUUUCGCGGUCAAUCGGGUCGUCUACUACCCUCCCGCAGCCGCUCUAUUUCAAGAGACUGGUCGCUCUACUGCGCUUGCCGUCGGAGACCGCAUCCCGGGCUUCAAAACUUCUGCUGCAUUCUUCAACACCUUACGAGCCAAUCUUGUUCUCGACCCCGAUUUCAACCCACCAUCCCUUCCCACGACUCCAGACGUCCUACGGCCGACAACGAUGACUUCCUCCGGUGGUCUCCCUCCUCCUUCACCUUCUCCGCUUGCACAUAGUGAGGAAAACACAGAAGACACGGCCGUCGUAGCCCGAAACCCGCUAGACUCGAUUCCCGAGUUGACCACGAAACCUGCACUCACCGAGGAUGACAAGGUCGAAGCCCUCCACCUUCUGGCCGAUUCGGUCGCGCAACAACGCCAGGUUGCUUCCAGUGCGAUAAUGUACCACCCACUCACGGCCGGCAUAUUCGUCCUCUUCUUCGGCUUGCUGUAUCAGUACAUGUACAAAGGCGAACGAUCCGACUGGAUGUUGAUCGGCACUACAAGUGCGGGCAUUCUAAUGUCCAUGCUUGUCACGAUCCGAUGGCUGACAGGCGGUUACAUCGACGAGGCCGAGAACAUCGGAACAUGGAAAUGGCUGGAACAGGGACGAAAAGACUACGACAGCGCCGCGGUCGGAGACGCGGACGACAUCCUCCUCACUCGGUACGGCGAUGAAGUCAUUGGGGCGAUCAUUGUGCGCGGACAGCGUGACACACCGGCAGGAAGUAGUCCCAGGAAACCGCGCAAAAAUGCACCGACGACAGGCGUGAUUCGCGGCUGGACCGUUCAGCGCCGCUAUCGUCGCAAGGGCAUUGGCCAGGGUCUGCUCGAGGAGGCUGUCAAGCUGUGCCAGACCAAGGGCUGGAGUGGACCGGAAUUCGCGGAGGAUCAUGCCAACAGUGCUCGUCUUGUGCCAGCGCCAUUCCAGGGCUUUCUCAAUAAGAGAGAACGCCAGGCGCGCGAGAUGUUGGAGCGGGUGAAAGAGGACUUGGCUCCGACUGCUGGGAAGAGAGGGAAGAGAUGAAUGACCUUCUCAUCUGACCUAGUUUUGCUGCUGUCUUUGGAUACCUGGAAUGGGGCCAUAUCCAAAGCCUGGUUUAUCUUCAUCUGAGCAAUUCUUGGAUACCCAAAUAUCACCUGCAAAUAGAAUAGUUAUAGUUUGAGCAGAAACGCCUUUCUCCUCAUUACGACCGCAACGCGGAGUUUGGCAUUCGUUCGUGGGUAAAUCUCGAGGAUACUUUGAUCGUCGAGUACUGCACAUAGACUUGUCCGACAGCGGACAGAUGCUUGAGAGAUCUGCCUUCACAACCUAGGCACACAGCUUAUCACUUGUCUGAAAAGUGAAAACCUCACCCUCAGACCCGAAGCAGGUCAGAUCCAGCUCAGGGUUUCUA